GUGUGUGUGUGUGCGUCUCCCUUCCUUGCCUGGCAGCAGCAUCUCCCUUUUGUUCCAUUAGUGUGUCCUUGAGUCUGUCUGUGAAGUGAUAAGAGGAGCUCUGCCUCCGGCCGCCUGUGUCUUCCUGCACUUUCAGACCCAAGCUAAAAAAAAGACCAAACCAGACUCAGAUGAAAUGAUGUUAGACAUUAUUUGUCUUUGUAAUGCUAUAGAAUUAGCAGGUUACUCAUUUGUGGACCGGCUGAGAUGGUUCCAUGAAUGGAAGCAGGCGCUGGGUCACAGCAUUGACGGAUGCAGUUCCCCUGAAUGAGCUGCUCGGCCCCAUCGUCCCGCCUCAUGGAGCGGCUCCAUCCAGCUCCAGUACCGGCGCUGAGAGGAAGUCAGAGGGUCCGCUUCAGAACCGCUUUGGACGCAGUAGAAAACGUCCAACAGCGCUGAAGGUGGAAGGACUGAGAACCCGAGGUCUCAUGCUCAGUCGUCGUUAGCUCUGAGAACAACGGAACCAAUCAGCAGGAACCAUGGACUUUGUAAUGAAACAAGCUUUGGGGGGCGCCACCAAAGACAUGGGUAAGAUGCUGGGCGGGGAGGAGGAGAAGGACCCGGACGCAGCCAAGAAGGAGGAGGAGCGGCAGGAGGCCCUGAGGCAGCAGGAGGAGGAGAGGAAGGCCAAGCACGCCCGCAUGGAGGCAGAGCGGGAGAAGGUCCGGCAGACCAUCAGGGACAAGUAUGGGCUCAAGAAGAAGGAGGAGAAGGAGGCGGAGGAGAAAGCAGCUAUGGAGCAGGCCUGCGAGGGCUCCCUGACCCGCCCCAAGAAGGCCAUCCCCAGGGGCUGCGGAGACGACGAGGACGAGGACGAGGAGAGCAUCCUCGACACCGUCCUCAAGUUCCUGCCCGGACCGCUACAGGACAUGUUCAAAAAGUAACAGCGGCAGCAACAGGACAACCCCACACGCCACACGAACCCUGAGUUCUGGGUCCGGUCCGACCCGGCCGGUCUGUGGGGCACAGGGAGGGGGGGUUUCUGGGUGGAGCAGGUCUGGGGAGAAGCCUGGACUGGUUGGGUGUUUAUAGGGGUGGUGAGCUGGUGGGAGGGUGGUUGUGGGGGUGGAGGCUAAACACUGCCUUUCCAAAAACCUUUUACUUUGUCAUUUUCUACGUUGUCUCGAUUUUAAACCAACACGAUUCCUGUACAAACAUUCGAUACGCGUGUUUACGAUCCAACAUCUCCAUUGGUUGUCGCCAGGCGAUGGGGACCAAUGAGGGACGGCGUUCCUUUAGGAAGGCGGAGAUCCCACUUCUCUGGCUUCGACACUGCCACCGCGUUUUCCAGUAGAUGGCGCAUGUUUGUGUGUGACUUUUCUACGUUUCUAAGCCUGGUGUAGGUCUUUGUACGGACGUUUGAGUUUUUAGGACAUGUGCCUUCAUAUCGACUGUAAAUGAGGGUUUCACUUGGUAGCAUUCCAGAACACAACAUCAGACACUCUUGGAAUAAUGUAUUUGUUAUGAGGAUGGUUUGGGGCUUUCCACAGAACUACUUCCUGUUCCCUUUAAAGCGGCUUCUGUUCAGCCUCUGUUCUCUUCUUACUGUAGUUUACAGACAGCUUCUGCAACUGCCACUAUGUUAGAGACUCGAGGCUUCAUUCAUUGAAACAAAAUGAGACUGUUUAGACCUUUGUUUGAUUUUAGAACAGAUUUAGUCUGGUUUGAUAGAUGGAACCCAGUCGUCCUGGUUUUAGUGCUGUUCAACCCGACAAUCAAAGCAUCGACCCAGAGAACGACACCAUUCAUUACACAGCAGCUCUUUCUUUCCUACUCACCUGUUGGGUUUUUAAUAAAAUGGAUCUUUUUGUGAAUGUAUUGCCAGUUUAGUUUAAAACAGUGGCAGCUGUGGUUUGAGACACAUUCACACUGAGCUAAACGCCCCUCAUCGAUUAACUUGACCCAAAGACCAAAGAAAUCCUGGUGAGACCUCACUGUUUCUUUGUCACUGCCUCAGCUCAGUCCAGGAGAAUCACUGCAGCCCAGCGAGCGCGUGCAUGCAACGUCCUGACGACUAAACCAGACGGACGAGUCCCCAGAUCUCGGACGAGUCCUGUGACUAGACGGGACUCUUCUGCAUCCUUUAACCCAACGAGUGUCAUAGUGCGUGGUCCCGUAGCAUCCAAGUAGAUGUGCUGUAAAUGGAAACCAUCUCUAUUUAGUGAAGCAAAUAUGUGGACAUUUACCAGUAAAACAAAGCAUGUUGGUUUUUCCUAAUGAUCCGGUGGCUGUUGAGUGGUUUUUAUGCAACAAUGUAUGUUUCAUACAUUGUUCCACUAGUCUGUAACUUAUUAAUGAUAAAGUCACAAGCACUAAACAUUUUCCUUUUCUUUUCUAGCUCAGAUAGGACUUUCACUAGACAAAGCCAUAUUGUUUAGAUUGCAAUAAUUAUUUAAAAUUAUAAAAAAAAAAAUCAACAAUGAAAGUAAACUGUCUCAUGUUUGUUUUCUGUUACACGGAAGAUUCUGGCAUAUCUGUUUGUAAAUCUCAUCGUUCUGUAUCUUUAAACUAAUGUGUGUGCACAGAAGACGUGUACAGCCAUUCUUCUACUUGUCUAAGUGUACUUCAUGUACUGUAAGUGUGUGUGUGUGUGUGUGUGUGUGUGUGUGUGUGUGUGUCCUACUUGUCUGUGACGUGAGACCAUGUCGUCCUGGUUUAUAUGUAAAAGUGUCUUUGAAGUGUUUGGUGCACAGACAGACGCUGGAGCGGCCACGUCUGAAAAAAUACUACUUAGAACAUUCCUUUCAAAUGAUAGCAUGCAAAUAUUUGAAUAAAUGAGAUAAUAAAUAACAGCAAAUGUAAAAAGACAAAAAAUAGACACGUUUUUGUUUCUGCAGGAGCCUCCAGGCAACAGAAUGUGUACAUUGGAUCCAGAAGGACUGUGUGUGUGAUGGGUCAGACUGAGGUUUGGAGCUUGGUUCUGAGGCUGAGAACAGAGUGGAUGUGAACAGAACACUAAGGACGUCCACUUUAAGAUCAAAAAAUGGGAGAUGUGCAAUAAAAAAAAAAACUGUAACUGAAAGAUCAGCGUUUUGUUGGUGCCACAUUAAAAAUCUAACUACAAACGUCUGCAGAAGAGAGCGACCUGCAGAGAGGUUUACUUUAAUGCACUCAUGCUGCUCAUCUUCUUGGACCAGGCAGAGUUAGAAGAAGGCGGGAGCCUCUUUCUCAUUUCAUUGAGUUUAAUUAAUUACAUGAACACAGGCAUCCCCUCCACAAGAGCAGUUUCACCUGCAGCCAAGGGAAUAAGAUAAGUCGAGGUUUUCACACAGCGGAUCUGGAACUAGGCUUCAUCCACGGCCCCUCAUGGAAACUACAGCCAUACGUCCUGUGUAGAGAGAACGGUGUGAGGCGUCACAGCAGGCGAACUGCCUUUGAAAAGGGCUAGUGUGUGUGUGUGUGUGUGUGUGUGUGUGUGUGUGUGUGUGUGUGUGUGUGUGUGUGUGUGUGUGUGUGUGUGUGUGUGUGUGUGUGUGUGUGCGCGUGCGUGCGUGCGUGCGUGCGUGCGUGUGUGUGCGUGCGUGUGUGUGUGUGUAUGCUCAUCUCCAUGUCAUGUGUUUUUUCAGGUUUUUACUGCAUGAGGGUGAAAAGCAAGGUGCUGUUUUGGGCUGGUUUGAGUCAGGCUUCCUUCGUUUCUGGUGCAGUAGUGUCCAAGUGAAGCAGGGGCACAGACAAAGAUCAUUUUACAUUUGUGUGGAUGAGAGAUGGAAACGGUUCCAGCAUGUUCCUCUGCACCAUCUCCACUCACAGGCUUCACCACCGCCAUGGUUUUAGAGGAGAUGGCCACUGAAAAGCUGGAUUAUCAAAGCACCUUCUGUUGUCGGGAGGAACCUCCAGAGACGUGUGGAACUUGGCUCGGCUCAGAGCUGACCUUUGACCCCACAGUUUAUCUAAAAGCUGCACUGGUGCCUGAACAUGGGCUGUUUCUGUAACAUUCCUCUCAGCUGCACGGGUGCGUCCUGCUCACGUCCACUCGUCCUAAGGUGAACCUUGGUAUUUUGGAGAACUGUUACUGUGAAGAGAAACUCGAUACAUUCCAGUCUUUUACCAUUUGCACUAGAAUCCACUGAAAUGUUGUGCUGACACUGUUCACAUCUACAAUGUGCUGACUGUCACCACGUCCCUGUUCACCACAGUCAGACUCCAUGGCGUCUCCAGCUCAGGAGCUCCAUGCUGGGUAUUUGUGCCAACCAGCACAAUCCAUGUUCACUGAUAAGUUGAUGAUUUGAUUCUGUCUCGGUGGCUUGAGUGACUAAUGAAUGACCACAGGACUUGAAACGACAUCAUUUGAUUCAUUCAAGUGAAGAGCGGGUGAAGGUUUUCCUGUGACCGACCUUAGAGGGUCUUUAGUUUUAUUCAGGUUGAAUAUCAUUUCAGGGCGCAUAGGUUAAGAAUGUAUAAUACAAGUUCUUAUGCUAUUCUGUUCUUUAAUUGCAUGUCAUAUAGUAUGUGCAGCCAAGUCACUGUAAAACUCUCUUCAAUGGAAAUGACUCAUUCUUUCUGGAAAUGAAAUGUACUGUAUAAUAUUAAAAAAAAUAAAAAGAAGAGUUUAUAAAGAAA